CUCAUGCUAUGAUCUUGCUCGAAAGAGUGGCAGGAACACGAUUAGUCACUGUGAGCCUGGGCCUCCUGCUCCUACGCCGACCUGGACAGAGCAAACCACCGCUGGUGCCCGUCGCUGGAGCUCAAUCGCGUCCUCGUCGGAUGGCACGUUCAGGCUCCAUCUGGACGUCGACCGACGCGGGCGUCACCUGGACUGAGCGAUUGGACGAUGAACCCCGUCGCUGGCGGUCGAUUGCGUCCUCGUCGGAUGGCACGAAUCUUGCCGCGGUGAAUCGAGAUCGACUUAAUUUCCCAAUACAAGAUGGCAACAUCUGGACGUCAACCGAUGCGGGCGCCACCUGGACGGCACGAACCGCCGCCGGCUCACAUAACUGGAUAUCAAUCGCGUCCUCGUCGGAUGGCACGAAUCUUGCCGCCGUGGUUAGUGGAGGCUCCAUCUGGACGUCGACCAACGCGGGCGUCAACUGGACGGAGGAAGAAGCUGGCUCACGCGGCUGGGAAUCAAUCGCGUCCUCGUCGGAUGGCACG